AUGCGGCUGUGCGAGAAGAAGCUCCCGGCGGCGCGGCGGCGCAGCGUGGUGCUGCUCGGCUCCCUGCUGCUGGCCGCCGCCGUGGCGCUGCGCGGAACCAACCGGCCGUGCCGCGACGCCCAUCCGCGCUGCCGGGACCGCCUGUACGGGGCGCUGCGGCUGGAGCCCCGCUGGAAGCUCGACUGCGCGGGGGUGGUCCGCGGGGACGAGGAAGCGGUGCGGGACGCCCUGCUGAGCAACCUAGAGGUGAAGAACAAAAGGCAGCCCCUGAGCCCCGAGGAGUACCUGAACAUGACGAAGGACUGCGGCAGCUUCAAGGAGAGCCGGCGCUACAUCGAGUUCCCGCUGAGCGAGGAGGAGGCCGACUUCCCCAUCGCCUACUCCAUGGUCGUCCACCACAAGAUCGAGAUGUUCGAGCGGCUCCUGCGCUCUCUCUACGCCCCUCAGAACGUCUACUGCGUCCACGUGGACGGCAAGGCUCCCGCCGCCUUCCAGCAGGCCGUGCGGGCCAUCGCCGCCUGCUUCCCCAACGUCUUCGUGGCCAGCCGCCUGGAGAGCGUGGUGUACGCCUCCUGGUCCCGGCUGCAGGCCGACCUUAACUGCAUGCAUGACCUGCUGCGGAGCCCCGUGCCCUGGCGCUACGUCCUCAACACGUGCGGCACCGACUUCCCCAUCAAGACCAACGCGGAGAUGGUCCGCGCGCUGCAGGUGCUGCAGGGGCAGAACAGCAUGGAGUCGGAGAAGCCGACGGCCUACAAGCAGGAGCGCUGGAAGUACCGGCACCGCGUGGAGAGCUUCAUCUCCCGCACGGCCACGGAGAAGCCGCCGCCGCCGCUGUCCUCGCCGAUGUUCACGGGCAGCGCCUACAUCGCGGCCACGCGGGCCUUCGUGCGGCACGUGCUGGAGGACCCCGCGGCGCAGCGCUUCCUCGACUGGGCCAAGGACACCUACAGCCCCGACGAGCACGUGUGGGCCACGCUGCACCGCGCGCCCGGCGUGCCCGGCGCCGUGCCGCACAGCGACAAGUUCCAGACGUCCGACAUGAACGCGCUGCCCCGCCUGGUCAAGUGGCAGUACCUGGGCGGCGACACGAGCCGCGGAGCGCCCUACCCGCCCUGCACCGGCCGCUUCCAGCACAGCGUCUGCGUCUACGGGGCCGGGGACGUGGCCUGGAUGCUGCGGCAGCGCCAGCUCCUGGCCAACAAGUUCGACCCCGAAGUAGACGAUGCGGCCAUCCAGUGUCUCGAGAGCCACCUGCGCCGUAAGGCGCUCCUCGGCCGCGGGCUGUGAGCGGGCGGCGGGAACUGCCGGACCCCGCGAGGCGGCGCUCGGAGCCCGGCGCAGCCCGCGGGCGAAGGGACGGCGC